GACCACAUGUUCGGUCUUGCUGGUUGCCUAUGCCAGACGCGAUUGCAGGCGCAGAGCAAGGCCGUCAACAAGUUCACGUUAAAUGGUUGAGCCUCGAGCCGUCUUAAAUUUCAAAACAAGGUUAUGGGGUUUUUCUGACGCAAUCAGCGUCUACAUACUCCAUCUUCUCUGAUCUCGGGACAGGGACACACGGCUCGCCAACCAAUACAUUCCAGCCAUAGGUGCUUUCUGCUCAACUAUGGGACACGGAUCAGGAGAACAGAGUGCCUCAGGCCACGUCUUAGACACGGUCAUCGACUUCGUGUGUGGGUCGUUGGGUGGGGUCGCUUCUGUGUACACUGGCCAGCCACUGGACACGGUCAAGGUUAAGAUGCAAACAUUCCCCAAGUUGUACACCGGCAUGCUGCACUGCUGCAAGGAGACGUGGGUCAAGGACGGCAUAAUUAGAGGAUUUUACGCUGGAACCACUCCAGCCCUGAUGGCCAAUAUAGCCGAGAACUCGGUCCUCUUUGCCGGCUACGGAGCGUGUCAGAAGGUGGUGGCCACGUUUACAAACACACCUAAGGUUCAAGAUCUCUCUGUUCCUGCAAACGCAACUGCCGGCUGCAUGGCAGCUUUUUUCACGGCCUUUGCUCUCUGUCCCACUGAACUCAUCAAAUGCAGGCUGCAGGCGAUGAGGGAAAUGCAUUCACAACGGCCCAAUGAAAAGGUAUUCACCAUUUUGACCACCUCUAUUGCUCGAAGUUCAAAUUUCUAUCCUUGCUCUUUCCAGCACGUGAGGAUUGGACCGUUUGGCCUGACCAAACAGAUCCUGCAGAAGGAAGGUGCCAGUGGCAUGUUCCGAGGACUGACUUCGACAAUCGCGAGAGAAAUGCCUGGAUACUUUUUCUUCUUCGGGGGCUACGAGUUCAGCAGAGAAAUGUUCGCGCAUGAGGGUCAAAGCAAGGAUGAAAUUGGCCCCCUGAAGACCAUGGCGUCUGGUGCGAUAGGCGGGAUUUUAUUUUGGACUUCCGUAUUUCCGGCAGAUGUGGUCAAGUCCAGGAUUCAAGUGCAAGGCUCAAAAGAACCAUUCUUCAGAAUGCUAAUCAAAAUAUUUAAAAACGAAGGAAUCUUGGCAUUGUACAACGGCCUUCAACCAACUGUUAUCAGGACCAUUCCAGCCUCAGCGGCCUUGUUUUUGGCAUAUGAAUAUUCCAAGAAAUUUUUACAAUCAUUUACAUGAAUCCCCCUCAGCAAAAGUGGGUCGAUUUUCGGAAAAAUGGCUAACCGAUAAGAUAGCCAAAGCUGGGUUAAUUCAUUUUGAAUGUUGCCUGGUGAACCCUAUCUGGUAUCAAGAAACAUUGACGUUUAGAUUUUAUUUUUUAUUUUUCAUAAGUCUUGAGUAAUGGAAACAAAAUAAUAAUUUCCAUAUAUAUUAUAAUAGUGUGUGAUCAAGACUACCAAGGCAUAAUUUUACUGCUCAAGAAUGCAUGUUACCCGCACAAAAACUGAUAAAAUGUUUGAGAAAGUAUAUUUUCAAAUUUCAAUGGUGCCAUAAAUAUUCAGUGUGUUUAAUAUAAUACAAAAAUAUAUAGGAGGGAGAUAUAAUUAUUAUUCGCAUUUAUAUAUUUUUGGAGAGUAACUAUUAAUUGUAGCAUCUAUUUUUCUACAGUAAAAUAUAUUUUGAAAUAAAGUACAUUGUUCGCAUUUAAAUAUUA